AUUACAUAACCUGUUACGUAGAAAUUUCAGAGAAAUUAUAUCAUACAAAAAAUAAAUGUAUAUAUUUUAAAUUUCAUUGCGAAUAAAUUCUAAUAUUUUUAAGAUUACAAUUUUCACUUUGUUAAAUAAUCUUGAUCUGGCGAUAAAAUAAUUUGGAACGAAGUGAUUAAAUGUAUCCAUGACCUUUGAACCUCGAAUGGUCAUUCUUAUCAGACGGUUGAUCUAACAAUCACGAAUCUUGUAACGUAUCUUACGAAACACGAAAAUGACGUGAUCAUGCAAUCUUAUCCAAUCCGCCGAAUAGUUGGGGUGGUUUAAAACGCUUCCAGAGCGCACGCUUACAGAAUUCUAGAUUCCGAACACAUAUCUCGUGUCGUUGAUGACGUUCAGUCGGGGUUUUGCUUUCGUUUCAUUGAUUCAUAUAUUGUAAAUUCAUAUCUGAAUCGAAGAAUGUCGUCUUUAAUCAUACAAUGUCGAGGUUAUUCUUCUAUUAAAUAAUUAAGAUUUGAAACAACAAUUAUUUGUUAGAAAUUAAAACUAAUUUGAAUCAAAGAAUGUUGAUGGGAUGUCGAAGAUUCAACAGGUAUAUGAAAGAAAUCUAAUUCGGAUGUUAAUGCAGGAUGUUAAUGUCAUAUAAUUUUAUUAUCAUAAAAAAAUGUACGCCUUGUGCAUUAUUGUUUCGAUAACUGAUAUCGAAUAUUGCAAAUUGACCUAGGAUAAAAUAACGUUGAUGUCCUCGGGCUCAUCCUUUCUAAAACAAAUCUUACUGCAAUGAAGUGAAAUUAAAGAGCAAAAGAGUGCAGAGGAACAUACAGAUUUGCAAGUGCGCUACAUGAAAGCGAACGAUGAGGCAGCAUCGAAUUUGGAGCCGAUUAGCACGAAUAAAGCGGACAAAAAUGAAGAACACGAGGAUGAUUCCAUUGAUCCCAACACGAAACCAAUGGAAAAAAUUCACCCAAUCUCAGAAAUUCCACCAACUUUACACGAACGGUUUAUGAGAAUUAAACAAAUAGUAAAAGAUGCUAUAGCUGCACACCACACAUUUAUGGUUUACGGAAGGGCUCGAGUGAUUCGUGAGUGCAUGUUAAAACGAGGAUGGUGUGAAAAAUUCUACAGAAAGAGCAACACUGGCGACCAACAUUAUAACGUGGAUGCAAGUCCUAUAAUACUACUGGCUGGCAUUGGGGACUUGAAGGAUCAACAAAGUGAACGCCUGUUAAUUUCUAAAAUGUUAACUAAUCAUACCGUGGAUUUUCUCUGGAAUACCGGAUCGGAAUGGCCCGGCUGGCCAUCACAAGAUAACAAGACAACAAUUUUUAACAGAUAUUAUCGAGCAGGAUUUACCUCGAAGGUGGGCUUAUGCUCGAACGUCAGACAAAUGCAUUGGUAUUACGAAGCUGGAGUGGCGAACACCCUUUUUCCACGUUGCUACAAUUUAUGCCAAGGGGAUCAGAUGCACGCUUUCAUAGAAGAUUUUCGAUUCACGGCAUGUUUAAAUUUAUUAAAAUGGUUGGUUAACAAGAUAAAUAUUGAAGGUGAAAAUGCAGUUAGAUCACCAACUGGCACUGUGCCUUUGAAGGCAUUAGAAUUCGCGAUUAAACGAGGCAGUGAUUACAUUAGCGCACAAUCGCACGAGGAUAUCGAUCAAGAGGUCGAAAGGAUUUGGGCGCAUCAAUGGGACCAAUUUAUCAGUUGGUACUAUCAAAUCGUUCACGGUCAAUCUCUCUUCAUUCGAAACAAUGUUCCAUUUCAAAAAUUCUUCCUGGCGUCGAAGCAUAUUUUAAAGAAGAUGAAGAAGUAUUGGCCACAAAUCGACAUGGAUGGUAUAAUGAACGUGUGGAUUAUGAAACGGAAUAAAAGUCGAGGCCGAGGAAUCGUUCUCUUAAAUAAACUAGAAGAUGUUAUGACGAAAAUGAAUCCAUCGACUAAAACAGAUACUCGUUAUGUUAUACAGAAAUAUAUUGAACGACCAUUGUUGAUACAUAACACUAAAUUUGACAUCAGACAAUGGUUUAUCAUUACUUGCUCCCAGCCUUUAACUCUGUGGAUAUACAGAGAAAGUUAUCUACGAUUCUGCUCCCAGAAGUUCAGUCUGACGGACUUCCACGAGUCGAUUCAUUUGUGCAAUCACGCGAUUCAAUGCAAGUACACAAAUUGCGGCGAUAGAAAUCCUGCGUUGCCUUCAGAUAAUAUGUGGGAUGCUACGACCUUCAAAGAAUUUCUCAAAUCUCAGGGACACGACAAAGCGUGGGAUGAUAUAAUUUAUCCUGGAAUGAAGCAAGGUUUAGUCGGUUCGCUAUUAGCCAGUCAAGAAGCUAUGGAUCGUCGAAAAAAUAGUUUUGAACUUUAUGGAGCAGAUUUUAUGGUUAUGGAUGACUUUUCCGUCUGGUUAAUCGAAAUCAAUAGUCAUCCUGACAUGAGUUACUCGAGUAAAGUUACGACACGCUUGUGCAAGCAAGUUUUAGAAGAUACUAUAAAAGUGGUGAUAGAUUAUCGGGAAGACAAGAAUGCGAGUACGGGAGAAUUUGAACUAGCUUACAAGCAAAGAAUGUCCAGUUGUCAACCAUAUUUAGGUGCAGCGUUAUCUCUUCAAGGAACCAGAAUAACCACUGGAAAAAAAACGUCUUUGGUAAACAAUGAAGAUUCAAAAGUUAGUCUUGUCUCAAAAUCCCCAAUGACUUGUUUGACAAAGAAAAAAUCAAUUACGCAUAAUCAAAUUGGUCCAGUAAUUGUUGAUUUGAUCGAAGAAUUAGAAAUACAACUUGAUCAGGAAUUUUAUGCUUAUUAUAAAAUGGAUUCGCCCAAAUUAAGACAAGCAUUACCUACGAGUAUAAAUCCGAAAUCUGUAAUAACAACUGUAUUAAUUGAUAAGCAGGAAUCGACUAUGAAAAGUGCACCUGUGGUUCGUCCGAAUUCUAAUACUAAAGCAAAAUUUCCCAUCUUGACACAAGAAAAAGUUGCAAAUAAUCAAAAGCAUGUAUCACGUUUGUCGAAAAAAUCGCAUACUUUUGCUGGGACACUUAGCAAUAAAAUGGAAUCUCCUGCGAAACAAUCGUUGGUUUCUAAAGUUAUGGCUUUUCAGAAACAAUCUGUGAAUCAAAAAACAAAAUUGAAUCAAAAAAUUGAAAAACCUUUGAAACAAAAUAAUGAUAAGAUUAUUAAAACUGCCGUACAAGAUGUCAUUAAAAAGUACAAAAAAAAUACUACAUCUGUAAUUCCUCCGGAAUCACAUACGUUACCAUCUGUUUUAACAACAGCGAACAAAAUUAAUCAAUCAGUUAUAAAAAAUAAAAAUCAUAAUGUUUCAAAAAAAAGUUUACAAAGUAAAAAUAAAAUUUUGUCUGACAUCACGGAUAUGUAUGCUGUUGGUUUAAGUGGUUUGGAAACAGUCGAAAAAUUGUUGAAAUGCCCUCCAAAUUUUAUAUGGUAUUCCAAUAAGAGAGCAUCUAUUAGAACAGAAGAGAGAACCAUAGUCAACAAAUUUACCGGAUGUUACUUUACGUCAAAAGUCGAUAUGUGUAAUAAUUUAGAGAAUAUUUCUUGGUUUUAUGAAGCUGACGUAUCAAACGUACAAUUUCCACGAUGCUACAACGUUUAUCAGCCUGCACAGAUAGAAGAAUUCAUUCAAGAUUUUUACAUCACGGCUAGCAUGGGAAUUCUUAAAUGGUUUUUAUGCUUUGCCAGCGUUGUUGGACCAAAUUCUGUUUGGUCUGAAGACGGGACUAUUCCUAUGAAAGCAAUUUUAUUCGCUCUUGAACGAUGCACCGAAUACAUAAGUGUUUGUGCACACGAGGAUAUUGACGGAAAGGAGAAUAAAGACAUACCGAUUCCUGAUUGGAAUGAAUUUUUAUCGUGGUACAAACGAAUUUUGCAGAGACGUGCAGUAUUGCAGAAGAAAAAUGAAAUAAACAUUGAAGAACUUUUACGAUACGCAUCAAACACGAUGAAAACAAUGAUGCAAUGUCGUCCCCAGACUCAAAUCGAUGGAAUGAGGAAUAUCUGGAUUAUAAAACCGGGUGAUAAAAGUUUGGGCAAAGGUAUAAUUCUUAAGAAUUCAUUAUCGGAAAUUUUGGCCAAGAUAAAUCAAACUUCCAAGGAAUGUAUGCAGUACGUUGUGCAAAAGUACAUAGAACGACCAUUACUUGUACAUAAAACGAAAAUUGAUAUUAGGCAAUGGUUUUUGAUUACCAGUACGCAACCUCUUACAAUCUGGAUGUACAAGGAUAUUCUGGUUCGUUUUGCAUCGAAAAAUUUUACACUCAAUAACUUCCACGAAUCGAUUCAUUUAUGCAAUACAACUGUGCAAUUGAAAUACAGAAAAACAAUAAAUGAAGACUCACCAAUACCUUGCGAACUUCAUUGGAAUCUUCAUAACUUUAAAGAAUACUUGAAAGACACAGAUCGUGAAUCAGCAUGGGAAAAGCUCAUUAAACCGGGUAUAAAACAAAAUUUAAUUGGGGCACUUCUGGCGUCUCAAGAAAAUAUGGUCAAUCGAAAAAAUAGCUUUCAAUUAUACGGUGCUGAUUUCUUAAUAAUGGAUGACCUAUCAGUCUGGUUAAUUGAAAUCAAUACGAAUCCAAGAUUGCAUCCUCCAAGUAGUAGUGUUACUGAAAAACUUUAUCCAGAAAUAAUAGAAGAUACUAUUAAAGUGGUUUUAGAUCGUCGUAAAAAUAAGAAAGCUGCUCGUGGUAAAUUUGAGUGCAUUUACAAACAGCGUAAUCCGUUUUACAGAAAUGUUUUAGGAAAAGGUGUAAGUCUUGGAAUUCGUGGUAAAGCUGUAUUUUCCAAAAAUUCGAUUCGAAAUCGAUUAUAAAACAUGAAAUAUAAAAUAAACGAGAAUUAAUAAAAACGUAUUUAUUUUAUAAGUAACAAUGUUUUAGGUAUACAAUCCUUUAUGAACGAAUGAUUUUUUGUUAUAUUAAUACACAUUUAUACACGAAUGCGUACAAGAAAUAUAUGUUCAUGGUUGCAUUCAUACUUGUGUACAAAUUUAUGAUCCAGUCAACGUAUUAUUAUUAUUUUUUUUUUUUAAUUCAGCAUUAAUUCUUAUUUUAAUUUUGAUUAAAAAAGAACAUUUUUACUCUAUUUUUUUUUUUUUUUUCUAUCGACAGAACGAACUCUGUAUUAAAUUCUAAACGUAUGCACAAUUCAUUAAGAUCUCGAUUUAACGUACUAAAAAAAUUAGCUCUUCUGUUACUAUUUUUUCGAAAUUGAUUUGUAUAUUAUGUAUUACAGAUGCACAAUAGUUCUAUUCUCGUAGAAAAUUCAUGUAUACACUUGUGUUUUAAUUACAAAAUCUAUUUGGGUCAUCGAGCUUGAAAAUGCGAAUGCAUUAAAUACGAUUCAUUUUUCAUUAAUAUAUCUAACUGAAAUAAAAGUAUUUUUUGUAUAAUAUAGUUACAGAGAAACAGCAUUAUAUAAACUGCAUUUGCAAUUUGUAGAACACACCAAACUAGGCUAGACUACACUUUUGUCAAACAGAUCAAGCAAAUUUGUACAGAAUAUUUUUUUAUUAUUACAAUAUAAAAAAA